ACCUGAGGAAGCAGAAGCAUGGCCACAAGCGCUACUUCGUGCUGCGGGCGGAGAGUCACCUGGCCCCUGCCCGGCUGGAGUACUACGACAGCGAGAAGAAGUUCAAGAGCAGCCUGCGGGCGGCGGCGGCGGGCGGGGGCGGCGUGGCCCUCUGCUGCCCGCCCCCCAAGCGGGUGAUCCCCCUCUACCAGUGCUUCACGGUGAGCCGGCGGGCAGAUGCCAAGCAUAAGCACAUCAUCGCCCUGUAUACCAAGGAUGAGUAUUUCGCCAUGGUGGCGGAGAACGAGGCUGAGCAGGAGGGCUGGUACCAGGCGAUCAGCGAACUCAUGAGCCAAAGCAAGAGAGGGUUCUUGGAGCAGGAGGACCAGGCGGACCAGCAGCUGGAUGACGACGACGAGCACUACGGGGGCUCGCUUAGGUCAGGGGCUGUGUUUAAAGAAGUCUGGCAAGUCAACGUAAAGCCUAAGGGACUGGGGCAGACAAAGAACUUGACUGGGGUGUACAGGUUGUGCCUCUCCAGCAAGGCCAUCCACCUCGUCAAACUGAACACGGAGGUGCCCGCUGUCCACCUGCAGCUCAUGAACAUUCGGCGAUGUGGGCACUCUGAAAACUUCUUCUUCAUCGAGGUGGGCAGGUCUGCCUCCAUUGGGCCAGGCGAGCUGUGGAUGCAAGUCGAUGAUUCAGUGGUUGCCCAGAACAUGCACGAGACCUUUCUAGAAACCAUGAAAGCUUUGAAAGCCUUCUCUGAGUUCAGACCUCGCAGCAAGAGUCAGUCUUCUGGUGGCGGCAGCAGCACCAACCCCAUUUCUUUCAUCACUACCAGGAGGCACCUUGGUAACCUGCCGCCUAGCCAGACAGGCUUACAGAGAAGAUCGAGAACUGAGUGUGCUACUGGGGGGACUCCUCCCACUACUAAAAGCAGUAGCUCUUACCGCUUCAGAACUUCCAGUGAAGGUGAGGGGACAAUGACCAGACCAUUUAGGUCCGUUACUGGAAGUCUUAUUCAUCUGAACACCGCAAGGAUGAAUUUGGGGCGCCAAGAAGGGAGCGGGCGAUAUGUUCGUGCAGCGUUUAGCUCUUCUUAUCACACCAGGUCUGCCUCUCUGCCGGUAUCUCAUUUUCCAUCUACCACGAGCCCCAUCAGUGUUUCUUCAAGUAGCGGUCAUGGAUCGGCUUCAGAUACCCUCGUAAGGCCUUCGAGCUCAUCGGUCUGUGGGUCCCCGAGCGAUGGAGGUUUUAUUUCUUCGGAUGAAUAUGGUUCCAGUCCUGGAGACUUCAGGUACUUUCGUGUGAGGAGUAACACCCCAGAUUCCUUAGGCAAUACUCCACCAAUCAGAGAAGAAAAUUGUUUGAGUGAAUACAUGUCUAUGAGCAAGCAGCAAAUAGAUAAUAAUAGUUCAAGAGAUGAUUACCGGGAGGCUGAAAAAUGUUUCAGAAAAAGAACUUAUUCUUUAACUAAACCUGCUUCUAUACCAGUGCAGCAGAAAACAACCCAAACAGCAACUUCUUUAGAUGAAGAUUCUGCAGGAAGCCAUGGACGUCUGCCUUGUUCUGAGUCGCCAAAAUUUAAAAAUAACCCUGAACCUGAGUAUGGAGAACCUGCCCUUGAAUCUGUAUGUAAUCAAAGCAGGAAUAAAGCCAGAGAUGAUGGAUAUAUGCCAAUGAUGCCAGGAGUUGCAUCUCCGCUUGCAAGCAACAGUGAUUAUCUGCCAAUGACUCCUAAAAGUGUAUCUGUUCCAAAGCAGAUUAACAGUUCUUGGUCAUCAUCUCAGGCUGACUCCAAGGGAUAUAUGAUGAUGUUUCCCAGGGCUAUCUCUUCACCUGUGCGUAGCCCUUUAACUGGAUUUAAUUCUAAAAGCGGUAAUGAAAAGUUGACAAACAAUGAGUAUAUGGAUAUGUCACCUGGAAAUUCAGCUGUUCCAAGGCAACCUGGUGAUUCAAAUUAUAUGCAUACCAACACUGGCUCCAAAACUUUUGGCUCUUACUUCUCUCUCCCACGAAGCUUUAAGGCACUGUCAGAUGAAAAUGAUGAGUAUGUUCCAAUGUCAUCACCUGGAAAACUAAUGUAUAGUGGCUCUGAAAAUGGUAAAAGUGUCAGUAAUGAAGUUCUGGCUAAUGGCCUUUCCAAAUCAUCUCUCCUGAAAGCUUCAGAAGAAGGCUUUGGACAGAACAGAGUUAUCAGGCCUACAAGACUUCCAUUAGGUACUAGAGGUAGUAACACCAUACCAAGAAUGUAUGAUCGUACAAUUCCAAUUGAGCCAUCUAGCCCUGGUGAAUAUAUAAAUAUUGACUUUGGGGAAAAAGCAAGUAAUACCCCAUAUUCUUUAUCAGCAGAAGGAUCUCCAUCAUCUCUUGGUUCCAGUAGUGACCAUAGGCAGUCACCGCUUUCUGACUAUAUGAGUGUUGAUCUUGAUGUUCAGUCACCAAAAGCUGCUAAGGAACUAUCCAACUCCUUGACCGAUAUUUCAAUUUAUGCAAGUUCUAGUAUACCCAGAAACCCACCCGAUUCUGAUUAUGCUAGGCUUUCGUUUGGUACUGCCUGUGUUAGCACAGCAAGCGGUAGGAUUGAUGAUUACACUGAGAUGACCUUCAACAUGGCAGCAACGCCACCUGGACCAUUUACUACAGAAAGCAAAAAUGGCUUAAAGAUUGAUAGCCCUCCUUCCAUAGUUAAUAGACUGUGCAUUGUUGACCAAUAUGCUGGCAGCAGUGACUUUUCUGUUCCUAGCCCUGAUCCUCCAGUUGUACCUAAAGUCAUCCGUGCGGAUCCACAAGGAAGGAGGCGGCAUAGCUCUGAAACCUUUUCUUCUGCCGCCACUGUUACCACUUCCUCCUCUUUCUUUACUGACAGUAGUAAAAGGCACAGUUCUGCCUCUUUUGACAAUGUGUGGUUGAAACCUGAGGAACACAUUUCAGAUGGCCAUGAAAGCAAGAUGUCCAGAGAUACGUCAACUGGAUUUCAGAAUGGCUUAAAUUAUAUCGCUCUAAAUCUGCGAGAAAAUUCUCUAAACUGCGAGGAGAGCCCUGACACGCCGAGCUGCCACCUCCCAAAUGGUACUCUGGCUCUGGAAAGUGGAGUAUAUGUCAGCAUAGACUUCAGCAGAUCAGGUGGUCUGAAGUGCAACUCUGCAAGAAAAGACUGAUGGCAUUACCAUGGAAACCAUUGUGAGACGAGCAGGCUUUCCAGCUGGUAUCUCCAUAACUGUGUGGCGCUUUUGGAAGCAGAGCCCAUCUCCAGCCAGCUCUGCUCACUUCCACCAGCACAGACACGGACACGCAUCACUGGAAUGAUUUUUCAUCGAGUGAUGGCUGAGUCUACAGUUGUGCUAAUCCGAAUGAACUUUUGUCAUAGAUGAGUUUUGAUGACGGAGGUUUCUCCCCCCACCCCCAGCAUCUCUAUCUGGGAGACAAUGUGAACGCUGGCGUAGUGCUCCUCUACACUUUCCCCAUCAGUUUCUGUUUUGAGAAGUCACUUGGUGUCCGAGAAUCUACCUAAUGGGUUUCGCUUUUCUAGUACUUGAAGUGAUAGCUUAAAUGUUUUAUAGAUGGUUUAGAAUUCCUUUUUUUCCUUUUUGGCAAUUAUGACCCAUUUUGAGGGGAUGGGAACAACAGGCUCUGGCUAUGAUCCUAUAUGUACUUAUGUGUAAAAAAGUCUCAGUGAAAUCAGUGGGCCACCUUUUCAAGAUUAGAGGCCUGCAGCCAACCGUUUGGACAGCAAAAUCCCAACGUACGCAGCCCUUCCCACCCCCCUGCAGCCUAAGUAGACCAUGGGAGAACAUCCCUCCUCCUCCUGCCCCCCCCCCCCACGCAUGCUCUUCCUACCGCCUGUCUUGUUCCUCUUGGCAUGCAUCGUCAGAGGCGCUUGUGACCUUGGCCUGCCUCAAGCUCCAGGCAGGAGAGGAACCACCACCUCUCUACCUUCUUGUCUCCACCCCGGUCCUCACCCUUUGCGACUGCAUUUUGCAGCGGAGCCCAUCCUUGCAUUGCUUGUUCUUCCACCAGUCAUGUUGGAAGCAGCUGCUGCUAGAGCACAUGGCAAAGGCAUCUGUGGUUGGUGAGGACCAGAGACACUGGGGAAGGGGGGGGGGUGCUGCCUGGCUUCUUGCCAUCCUUCCUUCUUGGGCGGGGGGUGGGCAAGCGAAGGUCAUGAUCCUGUACAUAGCUACAUGAGAGCAAGCACUGUUCGGCUUACUGGGAUUUACUCACAGGUUGUGGUGCAUAGGACUGGGCUGUAACCAAGUGUCUGUCUUUUUCUCGUCCCUGGCUCCCUCUUCCUGAGCUGCUGCACGUGCAAGUUGUGGUAAGACUUCACAGCCACAAGAGCAAUACGCUGUAAGGAAGAGAAGUGGUACUGAAGUGAGACCUCUCUCUGUUUUGAUUUGUUUUGUUUGAUUUCACGUUAUGGUACAAAGAGAGUUGUGGAUCCUGUAUCAUCUUUUUUAUAGUUCUAUGUUCUCUUAAAUGUAAGACAGUUGAGAAUAUCUGGAAUAUAAAGGUAGAACUGAAGAAUUGGAUAUAUCUUGAUUAUAGUUUUAAAAAAUUAUUUUACAUCUCCCUGUAUAGUUACUUCUAUUGAUUUAUACAUUUUGGAUAAGUGGGGAGUUGAUUUUUUAUAAGUUCAAAUGGAAAAACGCAGACUCUGCAACUGUAUAUUAUCCUUGCAGUACAAUGUUGAUGUGCUGUAGAGCUUUUAUAGAGAGAAUCCCUUAAUCUUGACCUUGGUAAAAGAUCCCUUUUAUUUGGAGCCACUUUUUUUUCAAACUUAGGAAAAGCAUUACUAAUACUGUCCUAUAAUUAUGCCUAAUGUGGGGGAAAAAUGACAUUUUCUUACUAGGGGUAUUGUUUAAAAUUGGAAAUUGAAAAUUGUAGUCAGAAGCCAGGUGCCUCACUUCGUAGGCUUAUGUCAUUAAAGAGCAUGACACUAGUUAUUGGUAUCGACACUAGUUGUCGGUACAUAUAGUAUAUACUAAUAAUUAGAAGCACUGAUAACUGAAAGGGUUGAAAGCAGUACACAAAUCCUCAGGCACCAUCCAGCUGGUAUUCCUCUACAUUGUAUAUUGUGCGAGUAUUGAGUAAGGGUUGCCUCAGCUUGUGACAUCAGACCUUUUCAAAGUACUAGACUGGUUUGUAUAACCAAUUAGACCCUGCUGUCAGUUUUGAUGUUCAUUACUAUGUACUAGAACCUAUUUUGGUUAGACUUAAUAUACACGUCACACAACGAUAUAGGUAACUUUUGGCAAAUACAGUUGGUAUCCAUAAGUUUACGUGGAGCCCAGUAAUCCGAAAGAAAAAAAAAGUGUAUAUGCUGCAGGGUUUAAAAGCACAGAUGAGUUUCUGAAUCUAGAAAAGCCGGGUUUUCAAGAGUACAGUUAACUAGUUGCUGCUAAACAGAUUUUAACUCAAGAACAUGACCACUUUUCUAGACCACAACGCUGUCUUGCCAUGUACGUUUUGUUUGGACUCUGUAAAUUAACAAUGCAAUAGGUACUGCCUUUUAAAAAAAAAAAAAAAAGGUUUACAUCUUUUUAUUUAAAAAUUAAAUUUGGUGAUAGUUCAAAAGAUUAAUUAUGAAAAAGGUUUGACAAAUGUUACAUUCUUUACAUAUUAGAUCCUGAGGCUGCCCAUGGUACAAUAUACAGCACUGAUUUUACAAAUGCUGAAUGAAUAAAACAAAUGGGUAACCUCAACUCUACUGGUACAAAUACUAACAGGUACAGCAUAAUAAAUAUGCAAUCUUUUUUGUCUUAGUUUACAGCAACUAACUUAUUCAGUAUUGUGCUGGAAGACCAUUUUCCAACUAUGUAAAACAUAUCACUAUGUGGGCAACCUUCCAGCCACCCGUUUUAUGCUGCUGUAUAAGUACAGAGAAACCAAUGAUGGAACAAUGUUUGUCCUGUAAAUUUUAAUUUGAUAUUGGACAGUUAUUGUCUGUACAAACUAAAACAUAUAUGGUUGAAACUGUUCAUUAUAUUUGCUAUUUCUGCUUCACUGAUCUGUUUAAAAGUUUGAGCUGAUUGAUCCGGCUGUGUCUUCCAUUGUAAAUAUUGUUACAUUGUUUUUCAUGGUAAAAUGCAGCACAUUUGCAAUUUUGGGAGACUGGCUUGAAGCGCUGUAUAGUGUUUAUAUUUAUCUGAAUUGGCUUUCCAUAGAGCUACUUGCAGUAAAUGUGUUCAUGGUA